UUCAUAGAAAGCCAAGGCCACAAAAUACUACGGUACGGUUGAAAAUCCAUCCAUUCCUAACCGAAAUUGUUUUUUAAGUGUUUAAGCGCAUACACUGAUCUAUUUCGGAAUCUUACAUAUAAUUUUUUUAUUUUUGUGUUAUCUACGCGAACACAAAAAACGAAAACGUAGGAUCUCUCUUUUCCUCCGCAUCCAUCUGUGAAAAGAGCGAAAAAUUAAGCUACGCUACACGUGGAGAGUUUGUUUUUGGUUUGUCCAAGCAAUCGGAAAGAGUUCCCCGCCACUGAGGCCUUUCGCUGUUUUAUUUACUUUUAUCGAUAGCUGGUGCCCGCUUUUCCCCAACAUUUUUACGUUAUAACGCACAUCCAGUCUCAUUGCUUCCUUUUGUUCUCGUUUGCCUGUCGUUUCUCACUCUUACUGCUCAAAACGCAUUUUCUUUUACUGAUAACCCGCUUUUGUCCUUAACGCUGUGACCCCAAUUUCUCUUAGUUUUGGUUUUUUGAUUUGUUUCUCGUCCUGCGUUUUUCUCAUCUUUUGACAAAUUAUCAUUCGUAUUGCCAGCAUUCCGCUAGCACAUAACCACUUGUCCAAGAAAAUUUCCGUGCUUUUUUCAUUGAGAAAGGUCACAUUUUUUUCUUUCCAUUUCCUUUUUCAUUGUGAUCAACAUAAGCUCCUCAUUGCAUCUCAUUGCACUGUUUUUGCAUUUCUUUCUGCAUCUCUUUGAGUUUCAGCCAUUUAUUUUGCGCAAGAAACUUGGAUAACCUCAUUACCCACUUAGCAAAUCACAAAUUUUUCUGUGGUUGACAGACGAAACGGAAACCUCAUUUCUUCCCUCGUCGCUCUACUCCCAUCGUCUUUCCUUGCUGCAUUUUUUUAGCGAAAGAAAAGGCUUCAUUUUGCGUUUGUUUUCUCUUGUAUACCCUGUGUUCAUUUGCACGAUACCAUACAUUGUUUAAUACCGUCUAUCAAACAGUGUCGUUAAAUAUCUGUGAGCAAAGCCAACUCUUAUCAUGUCUUUAAAGCUCCUCUCUCCUGACGUACCACAAACGAUGGAGACCUUAAAAGAACAAUCUACUAGCUACUUUCUCCCUCGAUGCGUCCAAUCUUCGCCACAAGAGUCUCGCGAGAAGCUCCAGGACACUUCGCUUCUCCCCACAGGGAUUUUGAACGGCGACGACGACGCAUCAUAUGUGCACAUGUCGCCUAAAGCAUCAUCAACCAAUGUUUCUUCCUCUUCAAACUCUUCCGACGGUUCGACUAGCUCUCGUGCUGAGGGUAAUGCACUUAAAGAACGAUCAUCGAGCUCUUCUCGUGUGUCUUCGUUUGCUAGCCGUGUAUCAAAGACAGCAUCACCGCCACCUAUCUUAGCUUCCCUGUUCAUUGAGAACAUUCCUCGGGACAUGUCGUUCCGCGAGUUUGCUGGUAUUUUUACCUUUGCAAAAGAUGUCGAGUCCUGUGAACUGUCUCCGGCAACAACCGAAUCUGAAACAUUGAGCGGUUGUGUAGUGUUCCGCUCUUACGAGGCUGCUGUCUAUGCUCGUUCCAUACUCAUGACGAGCCAGUUUUAUUCGUUUUCUGGAAUUGCUGUGGUGGACAAUAACGGACAUCAGGUUUGCCAAGGGUCUUGCACUCCUAGCGACGCUGAGCAUGCUGAGGCUAGCGCUGGCGCUCAACCCUCCUUACUCUCCCGUCACAGUUCCACCUCAUCGUCUUACCAUUUUUCUGCCAUGCGUGAAUCGCUGUCGCAAAUUGAUUUGCUUAAGCUAAAGAAUGUUAGUGAUGCCAGCCAAGGAUCGUCUUUAUAUUCCGUGAAUAACCACUUUGACAAUCUAUUCUCUCAUUCUGGUCCCCUCGGUGAUGCCGCUAAGCCGUUGAGAACAGAUGGUGUAUGGACACCAAGCAGUUCCUCUCGAGGACCGUUCUCGGGUCUUAAAGACGAUUCCAGUCCUUGGAUGAACACGCCUACUCUGAAAUCUUCAACAGAUACCCCUAACUCUAAGCACUCUUUUCAGUCACUUUCCAUUAACACCAAUUUCUCCAACAGAUCGCCACUUUCACCGGAUAAGUUUUACCAUGCAAGCCCUCUUGGCUCUACGCAGUCUCCUCGUUUCCGCGCCUUCACUGCGAACGUUGGUGAACGUUCUGUGUCACCCCCGUUGACUCCUGGUUCGUUUACGCCGACGCAUCGCGACUUUCUGUAUUCUGCUUCUUCAAUGUCGCCAAACACUCCGUUUGCGCCCUUCGUCUCCCACUCGUUUCAUCAACGGGCUCCGGUAACUACCCCUGUGAACAUUAACCCGGCUGAUCAAAAUCCCCCUUGCAAUACAAUUUAUGUUGGUAACUUGCCUCCUUCUACUUCAGAGGAUGAGUUGAAGGCGCUGUUCUCUACCCAGCCGGGUUACAAGCGUCUUUGUUUCAGAACGAAGGGAAAUGGUCCUAUGUGUUUUGUCGAGUUUGAAUCAAUUGCGUAUGCCACUGAGGCACUUAAAGCCCUCCAAGGAGUUUGCCUCUCUAGCAGUGUUAAAGGUGGUAUCCGCCUUAGUUUCUCGAAAAAUCCACUUGGUGUGCGCUCUCCCAGCUCAUCACAUUCGAACAACCGCAACCUGCAUUCAGGUUCUGUGAAUUAUCCAAACCUCUCCCUGCUAAACCAGAACAAUCACAAUGAUACGCAUGUUCCUUCAUGGGGGACGGCGCCCUUCUAUAAAUGAGCAGUGAGUGUCCUUUUGUUUCUUUAUCCAUGCUUCCCCCAUGUAAGUUUUUUGCGCUUUUAUAAGCUUGCUCGCUUUCCUUGUUACAGCUAUGUUCAUAAGUCAAUCUUUUCGACCUCUGCUAUUGGUUUGGAACGUAUUUCUCAUGGUCUUUCUUAUGACAGCAGUGCUAAUCUGAGUUCCCCAAAGAGGUUUGUUGUCGUUGCUUUGCAGAUUUUUUCAAAAUUCAUUUCAUUUAGAAACUAGCAAACGAUUGGCGGGACUUUAUCUAUGCUAGAUUUCAUAUUUUGUUGCGAAUAAAUAACAUAUAUACUAUACUAAAAACUCACAGUGUUUACUUGAUCUGUUUUGUAGUCGGC